UGCCUACCAGGCCAAAAAAAAAACGACAGCAAACGAGCAGGGGAGAGAUCUUUGUGUACCGUUUUUUUCGUAACCAGUGCAACAAACAAUAAUUUAGAGUGUAGCCUAUAUUGGAGAAAUUAACUCAUAACUGGUUCAAUCGUGCAAGUAGAUAAUCGGUUGAGCAGAUUGGUGGAAAGGCCAAAUCGAAAUGCCAUAAAGGCCUUUCCAGGAAUUCUCAUCACAUAAACGUUUCCGAGAACCACACACCAAUACAAAGCCAACAAGUGCCCCUACCAGUGCCAGAAAGGUGUGUGUGAGAGGAGGGCCACUCGCUUCGCGCGCGCGUGUGUGUGUGAGUGUGAGUGUCAGUGCCUGUGUCGCGGUGUCGGUGUCAGUGCUGGUGCGCUAGUGUUUGUGGGUUGUUGGCCCAUUCCAAACAAAAACCCGAAUCGCUGCUUAUAGCAGGGGAAAUCCAUCUACCAAAUGCACUCGAGUCGGUCCAUUAUGCAGCAGGUCCUCGAACUGCUGGCCCUGCUCGCGGCCGUCUGCUGCCAGCAGGCGGUUGCCACUGUGGAGCCUGGCUGGCUCUAUCCCGACAAGGUCGAGCAGUUAAUCGGCGCCGACUUCAACAUCAGCUGCACCAUCAACGAGACCUACUUCCGGGAGGCAAACACUGCCGAAUCGUGCACGGUGGACCAGCUGUACUUCAAGAGCAAGCUGCAAGAGUACCGCACAUCGCCGGACAUCCGCAUUGUGAACAACACGACAAUCCUCUUCAGCGCUCGCGAUGCCGUAGAGCAGGAGGAUGAGUACCGGUGCAUGUGCGGCAUUUACGUGAUUAACACAUCGAAGGUGUACGUGGGCAAGCGGCCCCUGCUGAUCAAGGACUUUAGCUGCGUGGGCUACGACUUCAACUACAUGCUGUGCAACUUCACGAAGCCGCAGAACAAGAUCAUCACCAAGUACAAUGUCAGCUUCACCGUCAGCCAGAAGGACGCGCGCUACUCGUACCCAGUGGACUGUAACUUUGAUGCCGCUCCGGUGGUCACCUGCAACAUCACCGACGAUCCCUACCAGAAGUUCACCAAGCUGUACUACUUCCACCUGGAUAUCAGGAACAGCCUGGGCCAGGAGAAACAGAUCAUCGAGGUGAAUCAUUUCGAGCGGACAAUACCGUCGCGUCCCGGCCAGAACCUGACUGUGGUGAAUCGCACCGAGAGCUCCAUCUGCCUGUCCUGGGAGAUGCCACGGCGCACUAACUAUCCACGCGGCCUCACCUGGCAGGUGCUUGUGACGCCCGCCAACUUUGACCCCCUAAAGCGGAACAACUGGCGCAACAAUUCUUCCUCCAUCAAGGACACCCUGUGCCUCACCGAACUCCCCUUUGCCGGCUACGACUAUACGCUGCGGCUGCGCGUGCGCGGCAACCAAAACAACACCAUGUGGAGCGAGCCGCUGGUCUACAAUUUUGUCACCGGGCCAGAGCGACCCCGUCGCCCACCCCGCGUCACCGAUGGCAGCUUCUACGUCUACUCGUCCGAGACAAUGAUGCGCUUCUACUGGGAGCCCCUUGCACCGCACGAGCUAAAUGGUGAUGGCUUCAAGUACAUUAUCAGCGAGUAUCGUGUGAAUGGAAGCCUCGUCGAUCCUUCGGUGAUUAAAGUGGAAUCAAAUUCAGCGCUAAUUGAGCACUGGAACAAUAAUGCCUACCACGACAUCCUCAUACGGAGCAGCAACAGCGUGAAUGCCUCGGUGAACGCCACCCGAAUGUCGAUCGGCCCCAUCAGCAAUGCGGACAUCAACGAACGCGUGCCCAAGAACAUCCGGAGCGUGUAUCAUCCGAACAACAAGAGCUACACGGUCAGCUGGGAGUCGCCACUGGAUGUGUUCGAGCUGACGAACUACACCGUGUUCUGGUGCGUGGCAAAGCCGGCCCUACAGUCCGAAUGCGAAGGUCCCAUACACUUCGAGAAGGUGGACAGUAGACAGCGGCAAUUCACGACGACACCGGACCAGCCGGCGUCCCUUCACAUGGCGGUGUCGGCCAACUAUCGCCGCCACAACACUGGCAUGCGGUGGCUGAUCUGCAGCAGCGACAAGAAGGACGAUCUGGCCAAGAUGGAGCCAACCAUCGAUGCGUCGAGCAACUCAACCCUGACGGUCAAAUGGAGCACAGAGCGCGUCUGCCCUGUAAUUCUAACCGGCUACAAUCUCACCUACUGCCAGAGAUCGGCCGGCAAGCCGGACAACUGCACGACGGAGGCGAUCGAGGAUCGGGAUGCCAAGCAGUAUGUGAUCCGCGAUCUAGUGCCCUACACCGACUACAGCGUCAAGAUGCUGAUGAAGUCCGAAACCCGAGCCAGCAAAUACAGCGACGAGCUGAUCAAGCGCACCGGAGAGGCGGCACCCAGCCAGCCGCGUGAACUGCAGCUGCACAACGUCAGCAAUUCGAGUGCCCAACUGGCCUGGAAGCCGCCACUGAAGGCAAACGGCGUGGUGCGUGCCUACGAGGGCAUCUUUCGGCACGACAACACAACGGACUACUUCAAGCUGCCGGCCUCGGCCGACGAGCUGGUGGACAAGGAGAAGCUCAUCUCCUUCGAGCUGGGCAACCUCACCGCCUUCACCGACUACGAGGUGAGCAUCCGGGCGAGAACAUUGUACCAAUCGGAGCCCAGCAAUGUCAUCAGCUUUCGCACGUCCAUUGGAGUUCCUUCGCCGCCCGCGUUGCAGGUGACAAAUAACAAGGAUCAGAGCUCCAGACUGGACUGGAGGCCGCCGAGUCAGCCAGCCGGACUUGUCGACUACUACGAGAUCUCGCUGCGUGACAAUAAUGACAGCUGCCUGGUCAGCUACAUACUCUCCGGGCAGAAUCGUUCGUAUGUGAUGGCCACACCGCCCUGCACCAGCCACAAUCCCCUGCAGCUGGCGGUGCGUGCCAUCAAUGUGGAGCAGCUGCCACACACGGGGCGCAGAGAACGGGCAGCUGUGUCGUGGGAGUCCGCCAAGAGCUGCGAGAUGCACCUGGACGGACUCGGGGAGGAGGAGCGUAUCGCCUUUGAGACAUACAGCGGCAAUGCCAACGGCUAUCGCCUGCACAGAUCCGAGUGGGGAACGUACGGAUACAUUUGCACGCCGGACAUGCACAGCUUGAAGGCCAUGUACCAGACGUUCGAGGCAUCGCUGGCCAUCCUGGUGCUGGGCCUCAUCUCCUAUAUGGUGUACAAGAAGUUCCGAAAGAUGUCGGACAUUGAUCUGGUGCUGCCGCAGGGCAUUAUGGAGACGCUGAAGAAACCAAUGGACAUGGGCGGCCUGGGACUGGGCAUGGGCCCCGACAUGGCCUCCAGCGGGGGCAUCAUCUGUACACGGGUCGACGAUUCGCCGCAGUAUACGCCCCAAGAUAUGCCGCACGACUUCAGCAGCUUCCGCAGCGAGAGCUCCAAGCUGCUGCUGCGCAACACUUCCAGCAGUGGCGGAUGCACGGAUCCAGAUGAUCGCUACGAUGACCAGCCGGAGAUAGUGGGCAUGAAUCCCAUGAGUGCCUUGAACAGCAACAGCAACAGCAGCACCGCCCCACCCACCAGCUAUGUGUCCAUGCGCCACGGACUACUCGUGCAGAAUGGCAGGGAGAGCGAGAGUGACAGGGAUAGGGAGCGGGAGCGGGAGCUGCAGGAGCUGCAGGCGAAUCAUCAUCACUCGAGUGGCUACAUCAAGCCCACACAAAUGAAGAGUUGGCCAUCGUCCAAUGCCAAUACCUUGCCAGGUGCCAAUGUUCCUAAUUCCGCAGCCGCAGCACCAGCUGGCGCUGUGUCCACGCAGCCAAUGUCCGUGCCGCUGUCCAUGGCCCGGAUGCCCCUGAAUGGGUAUGUACCGGUGAACGUUCUGAAAUCCCGGCCACAGAUGGACCCAACGCCCGAUGCGGCCGCCUUCUUUGCGCCCGAACAUCUGCUCAAUGCGGAGAACUCAAUGCAGGGGGCGUCCGACUUGCACAAGUUGCAGCCCCUGAAUGGAGCAUCAGCCACAGGCGCAGGCACAGCCACAGCUGCUCCACCGCCUUAUAUGCCUGCCAUGAGCGUGGCAUCAGCAGCGCCGCCCAAGCUGAAUGUCGACACUGGCUAUACGACCAUGGAGCAGCUGCAGCGCACCGGCAUGAUGAAGCCACAGGGCUUUCUGCCUGCUGUAAAUCCAACAGCAGCGACGGCCAAGCUGAGCGUUGACACUGGCUAUACGACCAUGGAGCAGUUGCAGCGUACCGGAAUGAUGAAGCCACAGGCGUUACCACAGUCCACACAUCCGAGCGGAGGAGGAGGAGGAAUGGGGGGAGUAGCUGCUGGCGCUGGGACUGGGGCUGCGACGGGCCCGCGAGUUCAGCCGCAGAUCAAUGGCUACGUGACGCCACAGGAUCUGAAUGCGCUGGCCCACAACAGGCACGCUCUCUAGGCAGAUGGAACUUGCGCGAAAAGAGAGAGA